AUCCCCCGAUUUUCACCCUGCUCGCGAUGCUUGUUAUGAUCACGUCAUUAUACUUCCUGCCCUUGCCGUGGCGCGCGGCCUUACGGUAGCUCGAUCAGCUCAGUUAAACUUGACUUAAAGCAUGCAAUGGCUCCAGCUCUGAGAUGUUUGACUUCAAUUUCAAACAUCUUUGACUUCAACCAGUUUUGAUUUACCAUGCUUUGGGUUCAUUAACAUAUACAUCAGUUUGAUCAGCCAAGGAUGAUGGUACUGCCUAUACUGAGUAUACGGUUACGUUGCAUAUCAAAACAGAGUGGGACACAGCGCUAGAUCCAUGCAGGAACUUGGGAAGAUUAUUUGACAGGGCCUUAUUUAUUUUUUAGGAGGGACUGGUCGAACGUUGGCCUGGUCUGGCCUGGUUGGACUACAAAACACUCUUGCCUGAUUACCUAGUCCUGUGGUUGUCAUUCGUAGAUAUGAUUUAUGAAUAUAAUUGAUGAACUAGCUGUUAUAUCAUACAUUCCGCAACAUGAUCGAAUCUGAAUUUUGUGCCCUACUGGUUUCCAUCAACAAGCUUCUUUCAAGGAAACAAGUGCAACAACUCACCUUCAUCACAAUGGGAGAUGUCGAGAAUCGGCGACUUUCUGAGGAGUGCGAAAGAUCAGGAAAUGCUCUCCCGCUAUUCCAGGCAAUGAAAGAUAGGGAUCUGUAUACCCACACCGAACCAUCUUUACUUCUACGUCAUCUAAAGAUCAUUGACAGGCACGAUGCUGCAAUGAUGUUGGAGCAAGAAAUGGGUGUUCAUUCUCAAGACAAUAAUCAACACAUGCUAUCUUCCAGUUACCAAGCUUCUGGAACAAGGAAUGCUGCCAGUGAAACUGUUGAGAGAGCAUCUACUUCAAGCCAUUCAGCAAGUUCUUUUGGGAACCUUGGCCAACAGGCAAUGUCUCCAGCAUGCGUUGGUCGAGUAAAUGGUGUCUCCAAAGAUGGUGCAUCUGCCUGCAAUCCUGAUCAUAAACCGCCUACUUUGGAUCAAGGAGGUCAAACUGGCAGUAGAAAGCUUGAACCUGAGGCAUCUCUCUAUGGAGAUGCAACCUCCCCCAGGAACUUUCCACCCAUUCCUGACAGGCCAGGCUCCAGCAGAGACAUCAGCGCAGCAGCAACAAGAUUUAACUCUGAGCCUUCUCAAGAUGGGAGAAUCUCAUCAGCAACUGGCUUCUCCUGCAACGGGUCAGAGAUGAUGCAUAUAGGUACUCUGGUAUCUGAGGAAAACUGUCAAGACAUUCCUGGACAACAUCCUGGAGGGGGCACUGCUGGCCCAACAGUAAAUGAGUUUAUACCUACAGCACCAGAAAGGACUAUGGCAGCAGGAACAUCUCAAGUGCAUCCUCCAGAAGUUCCACCACGGCCUCCUCGUGGAAUCCCUAUGAAUAGAGCAUUUCACCUCCCAAUCCAAGAGUCGCAGCAGAAUGUUCCAAGUGCACACCCCCAGCAGACUGCUAUUUCUAGUAGACAAGGUGCAGAUCAUGUGAACCCCAUGACUGUGCAGCAGCAAUUUCCAGGAGGAGGACAUCAACGUUUAGUACAAGGAUAUGAAAAAAUGUACCUGCCUAGAAUUGAGGUGGAGCAGCUUCGGGGGAGACCACCUCCAGUACCAGAACGUCCAGUACAAAGGCUUGAGAAAGCUGAGUUUGAAGUUGAGGAAUUAGAAUUAUGUCACCUUUCAAGACGCUUUAACGCUAGAGAUGUUACUCUCCUUGGACACGAACUUGGCUUUGACUCUGCAAAAAUCUCCCAGCUGAAAUAUGAUAAUCCUCAUGAUAUAUCGGCAGUGUUUUACCGUCUUCUGGUGGAGUGGCAGAGUGCGCAGCACAGCAGUUCGAACAUGAGGGGGAGUCUUGUGAAUCACUUACGCCAAAUCAACUGCAUGGGACUAGCAGAUGACCUCAAGCAAGGGCGAUUGAAGCGAAGGUAGAUGUAUGAUUUGCUGUCUUAAAUUUCAGUGGAGUGACCAAUGGCGGGGCGGUUUGAACACAACACAAUAGAGGCCUUGGAACGAUUUUCAAAGAGGAGAUGCUCGUGUGGAAAAAAAUAAUUUACUCGCAAUUUUUAAAAAAAAAAUAGGUUUUCAUUCCAAAAUGAAUGUAAUUUUUUAUUAGAAAAUAACUGACAUGC